UAUUCUCUCUUGAAAUGCACGACAGGCUGCUAGUAUAAUAUAAUAUUGUGUACUGCCGUUUAAACAGUAUUUUAUGUUCGAAUAUUAUAUCAUCAACCUCGAGGAAUUAUGGACUCGCUGUGGAUUGUCAACCCCAAAAUUUUGUAUUACACGUCCAAAGUUUUCGGGUUUCUGCCGUUUGCCGGAAGUAACAGCGUUAACAUAGCUUUGUUGUACUCUUUUGUGUUGUGGACAUGUCUAUGCUCUUCCGGAGUUUAUGUGAACGUGUAUCAUUUCAAGAAAAACCAAAAUGUAGAGCCGAAGUACAGUAUGUUAACGAAAGUGAUUUUUAUAGAAGUACUGUCCAAGCUUAUUGUGACCAUCUUAAGUAUCUCGAUUUCAAUACACAGGAGCCAAGGCUAUACCCGGGUGCUCGAAAAAUUCUACAAAUUCGAUGAUUCGGCGUCGAGGGAGCCGAGUCAGUCARAUGUACGCAGUCAAACGUUCUACGUAUUGUACGUCUUGUUGAUCGGUGCCCAUAAUUUCGUUGGCAGUUUAUACUACACGAACAUCGCUGGGUAUAUACUGUUGGCGUGGAAUGUGUUUUGCUCAUCGACGAUGCUGGUAAUCGUUCAGUACAUUUCAUACGUUCGGAUGCUAAGGGACAGGUACCAGUUGACCAACAGAAUUUUCAAAAAAAGUGUGUUAAAUAACUCUUUGCCUGAUACAAAAUACAUMUAUCCCAAAGAAAUUAAUAGUUUAUUUACUGAUCUUCGUGGACUGACGGAGGAAGUAAAAGCCUAUUACGCAUAUCACGCAGUACUAAUCAUCGUCGAAUCAGUUAUAAUACUCGUAUCGACUGUGACGACAUUGACAGUCAAUUUCCUCAACGAGUUGGAUACUAAUUUCGUCCACAACGGAUAUUUUAUGGGACACUGUKCUUUGAGAUUUUUGUUUUUGUAUUUUGUGGUUCGAGAAACUCAUACGACUAUAUUGGAAGUAAGCAUUAUAUAA